GGCAAGAUCUGUUUGACUCCGCCUUUUUGAAAUUCUGUCAUCCCACAUUGAGAGAGCUGCUUUCGUGUGUGGAUACGCAAUAAGCAGUACAUUCAAGGAGUACUCUGCAAUAUUGGAAGACGAAAAAUUAAACAUUUUCUAUUAUCUCCGAGACGUGGCUCUCACCUAAACAGUGAUCAGGGGAAAACUAGGCCUCUAGCAAUCGUGUGCUAAGCUGACUGAAGAGUGAAUUUAAUACAUUUCAGUACUUGAUGUGAAGUUCUGGGGUUGUCUGGAUGAAGAGUAACGCGUCCAAAUUUAUACAAUUACAGUGACGAUAUGCAAUGAAGUACUGUAUACCAUAUUUUCUUUUACCACGCCGUCAAAACAACCUGAGUGAGGACGUAGUUUCGGUGGAAACUAAAAAAUAACUGGAAUCUUAAAGGAAUAUAAAAAAGAGAAGAUUUAAUUCAAGUCACAACUGAAAACAACAAACCAAGUGGAUGUGAUCCUCUAGAGAGCCAUGGCCUGCAUCACAGUGACCAACAUGGAGACAGUGACGUGCCCUACUCCCCACCAGAAUGGCGAUGUCGACAGGAGCCCCCAUGUCCCUAAGGAGGUCCAGCCAGGACUGUUACUGUACCUUUACCACAGCAAGGCCGAGGCCGAGGGAGAGACAAUCGUCUUUAAGCUGGGAGAGUAUGUGGCUGAAGAGAUCUGCAUAGAGGCAGCCAAAGCAUGCGGUAUCACCCCAGUUUAUCUGAACAUGUUUGGCGUCAUGCGAGAGAGUGACCGGACUUGGUACCCACCCAAUCACAUUUUCCAUUUGGGCAAUUCAUCCAGUGAGUCUGUGCUCUUUCGAAUCAGGUAUUAUUUCCCUAACUGGUACAGCAGUGGAGGCUGCAGGGCUUAUCGUUAUGGCCUCUCCCGGGGCGCAGAGUCUCCUGUCUUUGAUGACUCUGUAAUGUGUUACCUUUUUGCCCAGUGGCGAGAUGACUUUGUGAAUGGGUGGGUUAAGAUACCGAUCACCUAUGAGACCCAGGAAGAGUGCCUUGGAAUGGCUGUGCUGGACAUGUUGAGAAUAGCCAAGGAGAGGGACCAGUCCCCAUUGGCUAUCUUCAAUACUAUCAGCUACAAGUCCUUCUUGCCCAAGAGUGUGCGGGCGAAGAUCCAGGACUGCCACUUUGUGACACGCAAGCGAAUCCGCUACCGCUUCCGCAGGUUCAUCCAGCAGUUCAGCCAGUGCAAGGCCACCGCCCGCGAUCUCAAACUGAAGUACCUCAUCAACCUGGAGAUGCUGCAAUCAGCCUUCUAUUGCGAGUGCUUCGAGGUGAGAGACCCCAGCAUCGGGCCCGCUGGGGAGGAGACGUUCACUAUUGCCGUCACGGGCAGUAGCGGCAUCCAGUGGUCCAGAGGGAAGCACAAGGACAGCAACUCCUUGUCAGACCAGGACUUGCAGACUUACUGUGAUUUUCCAGAUGUUAUCGAUGUCGGCAUCAAACAGGCAGACAAAGAUGGUUCCACAGAAAGUCGAAUAGUCACCAUAAGCAAGCAAGAUGGCAACAGUCUAGAGGUGGAAUUUUCCUCGCUACAAGAAGCGCUGUCCUUUGUGUCCCUGAUUGAUGGGUAUUACCGCCUAACAGCAGAUGCACAUCACUACCUCUGUAAAGAGGUGGCACCACCCCGAUUACUGGAGGCGAUACAGAGCUACUGCCACGGCCCCAUUUUGAUGGAGCAUGCCACCAGCAAAUUGAGAAGAGCCAACAACCAGAGAGGACUUUACAUUCUCCGGUGCAGCCCGAAGGACUUUAACAAGUACUUCCUCUCCUUUGCAGUAGGGCAUGACAGUGAGAGUGAGUACAAGCACUGCUUGAUCACAAAGACUGAGACUGGCGAGUACAAUCUGAAUGGUGCCAAGAAGACCUUUGGAAGCCUCAAGGAGCUGCUUAAGUGUUAUCAGAUGGAAACAGUCCGCUCUGAUGGCUUUAUCUUCCAGUUUCUCAAGUGCUGUCCACCCAAGGCCAAAGACAAAUCAAAUCUGGUGGUCUUUCGAAGUAACAAAGGCUCUGAAAUGCCUAUGUCUCCAACGCUGCACAGGCAUAGAAUCAGCCAAAUGGUGUUCCACAAGAUCAAG